CAAAUACUACUUUCCCUAUCUCAGCCUAGCGGUUAUUGAGUACGACUCGCUUGCGAAUUAUUAAUAGCAUUUUCGCCGCCCGCCACCAGGCCAACGAUGAGCGUGGAAACGUGAUUGCAAAAGCGGUGAAGGUGGCAGAAAAUGUACAGUUAGAGAAAUUCUUCGGAAGUACGAGUAGAGAGAGCUCCAUUAUCGCUAUCGUGGAUGAACACUCAACAAGGUCAAUACCACCCAACUAAUCAGCGCAUACAUUUUAUUUGAAGCUGCAUUAGAAUUGCCAUCGCGAUCAUGGGUACCGCGAAAAGAACCCGCAAGUUCGGCGCUGUAAGUCUUCCAUUCUCCCCGCAUUCAUCGCAGAUAGCUAACCCCUCAUAAAGGUAAAGCGCAUAAUCGGGCAAAACGACGCCCGCCUGAAGAAGAACCAAGCGAAAGCGGAGGAGGAAAGUAAGAAGAAGGAGCAGAAGGGCAAUGAGGUGAUUCGCGAAGUGUAAGCUGCCCUGGUUCCCCAACAAUUCUUCUCGGGCCAUAGCUAACACCAUACAGUCCACAAGUAUCAUCCGCCCUGUUCUUCCAAUACAAUACCGCACUCGUCCCACCAUACUCCAUUCUCGUCGAUACCAAUUUCCUCUCCCACACGGUUCAGCGCAAACUUCCUCUCCUCGAAACUCUCAUGGAUACAUUCUACGCAAAGUGUAUCCCAAUUAUAACCAGCUGUGUAAUGGCCGAACUCGAGAAGCUGGGUCCGAAAUACCGAAUAGCGCUACGAAUCGCAAGAGAUGAAAGAUGGGAGCGCUUACAAUGCGAUCACAAGGGAGUCUAUGCAGAUGAUUGCAUUGUGGAUCGAGUGGUCAAGAGCAGGGUGUACGUGGUUGCGACGAACGAUCGAGAUCUGAAGAGAAGGGUGAGGAAGGUUCCAGGUGUUCCGAUUGUCAGUGUUGCUAGAGGUAAAUAUGUGGUGGAAAGACUGCCAGACGCUCCCGAAAAGUAGACGUUGGUGGGAUCUCGAAGUACAUGAAAAGAUUGGCAUUUAAAAGGAGUUUUGGGUGGCGUUUCGGAAUCGAAAUCAUGUUGGUGAUGGCGUUGAAUGGCAAUACCAUCGGUGGAAUAUUUUCCAGCUUUGCUCCAUUAGUAAAACAAUAAGUUGCGAGAACUGCAGGUGAGUAUCAAAAUCUACGCCCUUGUGGAAAAUAUGGAGUGGCGUUGGCGCAAGAAUU